AACAAUCCCCACGUCAUUAUUUGAAUGACGCGCCCUUUAUAUCGUCGCAUCAUGGUGGCGCCACAAGGACACACGUCCGUCCUGUCAUACAAGUGAAGGACUGUGUGUGCAGCGGCCAGCAGCCUCCUCCAACCUCCGCCUGGACUGGGACAAGCUCCACCAAAAGCAAGCCACCAGCUGCGGAAGUGCCUCUUCUAGCAGCCAUCCAUGACAUUCUUCAGGCUCACAUUCAAGUGCUUCGUCGACGGCUUCUGACGGACACAACCCACUCGGCCGCGUCUCUUGGUUGAGCUAACGUGAGGCUGCAUCGUCCAAAAACUGCGUGACAUUCAUUUGAGUGUUUCUCAAGAAAGUUGGGGGGCAAAUGCCGAAAAGAGCAGCGACACACAUCUUACCUGUUGUGACUCAGUGCGUGUCCAAAGGUAUGGGGGAGAAUACUCAAGGUGAACUCGGCCACACACAGAUGGAAGCAGGGGACUUGUCUGAAACAGAGGGUGAGGAAUCAGCUCACCCUCUGCGGCCUGUGCCUAGUGCGGGUCCAGGGCAUGGUGUGGGUGGAAGAGUGAGCCAAGAUGGAAGUAAUAAGGCUGUUGCAGUACCAGUGGUGGAGAGAGUAACUUGGACCAGACAAAUGGACUUCAUCAUGUCGUGCAUAGGAUUUGCUGUAGGCCUGGGCAAUGUGUGGCGCUUCCCUUACCUUUGCUACAAGAACGGAGGAGGCGUGUUUCUUAUCCCCUACCUGCUGAUAGUUUUCUUUGGGGGCAUCCCAGUAUUUUUCUUGGAAAUCGCUCUGGGACAGUUCAUGAAGCAGGGAGGGGUCUCUGCCUGGAACAUUGUACCUCUUUUCAAAGGUCUUGGCCUGGCAUCAAUGGUGAUUGUGUUUUUCUGCAACACCUACUACAUCAUGAUUCUUGUGUGGGGGCUCUACUUUCUCUGCCAUUCUUUCACUAAUCCACUGCCAUGGGCCACCUGUGGACACCCCUGGAACACUCCCAAAUGCACAGAGGACUUCCAUCACACCUGCCAAAGCAGUUCUCAAGACAUGAAUCACAGCUGUAUAGAGACUGAUGGCAUGCGCUCCCCAGUCCUGGAGUUUUGGGAGCGCAAAGUUCUCCAUCUGUCUAGUGGGAUUCAUCAGCCCGGUAGCAUCAACUUUGAGGUUGUGCCAUGUCUGAUUGCCACUUGGAUCAUUGUUUAUUUCUGCAUAUGGAAAGGAGUUAAAUCCACAGGAAAGGUUGUAUACUUCACAGCUCUGUUCCCUUAUGUGGUUCUGGUUAUUCUGUUGGCCCAUGCCCUCACCUUACCUGGAGCUUCAAAUGGAAUUAUAUACUACCUGAAACCAAAUUGGUCCAAACUGGGAGAAGCACAGGUAUGGAUUGAUGCUGGUACACAGAUUUUCUUCUCCUAUGCCAUCGGACUCGGUGCCCUGACUGCGCUGGGCAGCUACAACCGCUUCCAUUACAACUGUUACCAAGAUGCAUUUGUGCUGGCUGCCAUUAAUAGUGGAACCAGCUUAUUUGCAGGCUUUGUCGUGUUUUCUGUGUUGGGCUUCAUGGCGGCAGAGCAAGGUGUGGACAUCAGUAAGGUAGCUGAGAGUGGUCCUGGCCUGGUCUUUAUAGCAUACCCCAAGGCUGUGACUUUGAUGCCCCUGGCACCAUUAUGGGCCACACUCUUCUUUUUUAUGUUACUUAUAUUGGGCCUGGGCAGUCAGUUUGUUGGGGUAGAGGGUUUGGUAACCGGAAUCAUGGACAUGCUUCCUCCAAAAUGUGCUCAGGGCUACUUGCGACGAGAGGCAGUAGCAGGCAUCUGCUGUAUCAUCUGUUUUAUUAUUGACUUGUCCAUGGUCACAGAGGGAGGGAUGUAUGUCUUCCAGUUGUUUGACUACUAUUCUGCCAGUGGUAUCACUCUGCUGUGGCAGGCUUUCUGGGAGUGUGUGGUGAUUGCUUGGGUUUAUGGCGCAGACCGUUUCAUGGAUGAUGUGGCUCGUAUGAUUGGUUAUCAGCCUUUGCCUUACAUGAAGUGGUGCUGGUCCUACAUCACGCCCCUUGUUUGUGUAGGAGUGUUCCUUUUCCAUGUGGUGAACUUCAAGCCCCUAUCCUACAACACUGUGUACACCUACCCAUUAUGGGGUGAAAUGCUUGGCUGGGCAUUGGCUCUUUCCUCUAUGCUUUGUAUCCCACUUACUGUUAUCUUCAAGUUGCUGCGCUGCAAAGGAUCACUGCGCGAGCGGUGGACAUACCUCAACACCCCACUUUGGGGCAGCCAUCACCUGGAGUAUCUUAUCCCAGAGAAUGAGGCCAAACUGCUGUCUACUGCAAGACCCAAGAAUACUCAUCUCUCCGAAAGUGUCAUCUGAUCUCAAAGCAGCCAUAAAGCACAAAACCCUUGUUGUCCUUUUGAUAUCAGCAAACACCCACACUAAUUCUACUAAUACUUAUAGGGGCUCUUAGCAACAUGGACACAGAUGCUUAGAGGGCGCUAACUUUCCAAUGUAUUUGACAUGUUAUGUCCGACCCUCUUAUGGCUUCUAGGACAAAUGUACGUAACAAAUGCACGCGCAUUAGCUUUGGGUAUUGACAGCUAAUAGCGAUUCGGAUAGGUAGCAUUGGCUAUUGAAUGUAUCAUAACAACUACACAACUACAAAUUGUUCGUUACUUCUCUUAGACAGCUUUUGUAUGUGUGCACGCUGCCUGCGCGCCCCAAUCGUUUCAUUCCGGCCGAAAAAAUAUAUAUUACCUAAAAUUAAUAAUUGUGAAAAAUAUAGACAAUUGUAAAACAAUCUGCUGUUAAACCACUAAUGGCAACAUGAUAGCCAAUGGUGUUUUUGUUAUAUUUUUAACUUUAAAAAAUAACUGAGCAAGUGCAGACAGCCCCUUUAAAUGGUAAACUCUUUGUCUGAUGAGAGCUAAAUCAGAGCACCCUGAGUUGUAAAAGGAAUAAAAAAAACGUGCAGGCAGAGAAAUACAAAAAUAUCUCUAAUGGACCUAACUUGUAUUCUAAUACUUAUCAUCGUGUGACUUCCAGUUUUAAAUUUAAAAUGCAGAAAAAUAACGUAUGUUCAACCGAACCGAACUACACAUUCACAGAAAAAUAAAUCCAAGUUCUUUCAAAGAACACUAGCUGAUUUACUAUAACUGAAGUAUUUUGUGGCCAUUGUUGGGGGACCUAUAAUGAUUUUUUUUUUUUAACUUAUAAAUGUUGUUACACAAUGUUGGAUACUGUGUUAAACAAUGCCCAAAUGACAAAUAAUAAGGUUCAUGCAUUUGGGUGGGCCCUUUGUGAUGUCACAGUCUGACGGAUGUGAUAAUGCAGCCACUUUAAUUAAUGCUCUCUGCCAGGCCCCGCCUCUCUGCUCUCUUCAGCCCAUUUCUGGAGCCUUCAGUGUUGUUCCUUUUCGUUUCAUGCUUCCCCGCUUGCUUUGAUGCCAAUAAAAUACAUCCAUGUUUUACCUCCCCCCGAUGCCAACGUUAGCUCAGCACUUGGCCAUCGCUGAACAUAAACAGUUCAUCCGGACAGCGUUCACAUCAUCGCUGGGGAUUUUAAUAAAGCAUGUCGGAAGAAGAGUACUAGCACAUCUAAUGUGCAACCAGCACGUUUAUGUGCAACUAGGGGAGAAAACACUCGAUCAUGUUUUCACAAACAGACAUGCCUACAGAGCAAGCCCCUCUCCCACCUCGGAGACUCAGACCACCUCUCUGCUCCUCCACUCAUGCUACACCCCCUUCAGGAGGCAAGCAAAUACAGCCUCUCAAAUCUUUAAAACCUGGCCUGAAAACACUCCUCCAGCUGCAGGACUGCUUUGCCUGCACAGAGUGAAGCAUUCUUGAAGAGCAGGAUCUGGACACAUUCACAGAGUUUGUCCUUUACAUCAAGAGCUGCGCAGAAAAUGUCACAGGGAAGACUCAUCCGGGUCUUCCCAAACAAGCCCUGGAUGACAAACGAAGUCCAGACUCUGAUCAGAGCCCCAUACUCAGUCUUUAGGACAGAGGACCAGGGUUCUCUAUAGCACUGCCAGAGCCGACCUAAGAAGACGCAUCAAAAAGGCCAAGGACUCUCACAAAAGGAAAAUGGAGGGAUACUUGAUGGACAAUCACCCGCAUCAGAUGUGGAACGGCAUCCAGACCUAACUAACCACAGAGGCCACCGCUCUCCCACACUCCCCGGCAGCGGCAGGCUGGCAGAGGAGCUGAACGGCCUCCUUGCUAGUUUGAGACCACCACCACACCUAGACCUCAGCAUUCAACACCAUCACCCCGGACAUUCUUUACAACAAACUCCUGCAGCUUCAGGUCGUCUUUGUGAAUUAGUGAAUUUUUACACAGUGAAACCCAUUAUCUAAGUUACAUUUAAACCAGUGUGGGUGGCACUGGGAGCAGGUGGGUAAUACUAAGUUUUUGGAAGCGGGAUUGAACCUGUAACCCUCAAGUUGCCGCUCUACCAACUGAGCCACGCCGGAUUAAAAACUAGUCAGUGAGACUCGGCCCCCACCACUACUCCACACGCCGCACUGGAUCUCCCCAAGCCUGCGCCUUGUACAGGAGCGACUACUCAGACCCACCCAACCAACCACAUUAAAUAUGCAGAAGACACCACCGUGGUUGGGCUCAUCCGUGGUGAGGACGAGACAGUGUACAAGGCUGAGCAAAAGACUAAAUAACUCAAUAUGGACUUCAGGAUAGACAGACAGGAUCUUACAUACCCCACUCAUAAAUGGAGAACAAGUGGAAACCGUCACCACCUUCAGGUUCUUGGGCACCCAAAUCUCUUCUGACUUCUCCUGGACCUUUAACUGGUGAAUAAGGCUCAACAGCAGCUGUGCUUCAUGCACGUCCCCCUGAACCACAACUUCGACACAGUUGCUGCUGGCCUUCUACCACUCUGGAGAGCGUCCAGACCUACAGUCUGGAAGUGUGGUACGCAGGCUCCAAAGUUGAGGACAGAAGGGUGGUGCGGAGGGUCAUAAACACUGCCCAAAAAUCAUCGGCUGCCCUCUGCUAACCCUGAAACACAUCUCAUCCCGCUGCCUCAGAGAACCAUGGCCAUCACAGAAGACCCCUCACACCAUGCUCGCUCCCUGUUUGUCCUGUUGCUCUCGAGAAGAUGUUACAGGUCUAUAAAAUCCUGCAGCAGCAGGCUGACGAACAGCUUCUUCCCCUGGAACUGCACACACCCACAGACGCACAUAUGCACACACCCCCGAAUACACUGGCACAACUCCACCCAUUACACCCCCCCACCCCCCACCCCCCUGAAACAAUAAACUACCUCGUUUAACUUGCGCUUUUUAUUGCACACUUAUGUAUAUCCAUUGCACCUUCGGUAUUUGAUAUAUUUUGCGUUACCUUUCAGUUUUUACACUCAUCGCGCUUUCAGUUUGUUCAUAGCAUUAUGUUUUAUAGUAUGUGUCUGUUUUUAGUGCCAUUUUCAUGUUUUUGUCUGGGCUGUGCACAGUGGCUCUGGAGGAGCACAUCACCUGAUGCACCCAAAAUUAUCCUAAGUGAUUGCAAUCAUUGGUUUUCUGAAAAAAGCCCAAAGUUCACCCGCAUGAAACACAUUAACAACCUCAGAUUUGUGGCUAUCAGCUCCCUAGUGAUGAAAUCAAUGGAAAUAAUUAAACACAGGGAUGCAACUAAGUUAAUGAUAGAUUCACUUCAGUUUGCCUGUCAUAACUAGAGGUGUCAAUGCCAAAACAUGUUUGCAGACUUUUCCUCAGCAUUCAACAUUCUCCAACCUCACGUGAGGUCCUGGCCAACCAACUCCUCCCACUUAGCCACUUGUGUCUCCUGGAUGUCCUCACCCACAGGUCACAAGAGUGUCAACAUCUUCUCCGACAUAUGACACACCUCAUCUGGCUCCCUACGGGUUGUGUGAUCUCCCCCCUUUCAUGUUCAUCCUCUGUACCAAUGACUGUAAAUCCACACAGCCCCAUACCCAUCUGAUGAAAUAUGCUGAUACUAUUUUACUCCUCACAGCCUCAUGGACCAGCCCUCCAGGAGUUUGUGGACUGGUGUGACAACUCAUGUCUGGAGAUGAAUUUCAUGGUUGUAACCUCCAACAAGCAAAAGGUGCUUGCUACUGCAGUGAUCACCAGAAUUCACAGUGAGCCAUGGAAGU